AUGUCGGUCGGCGUCUCGCUUUCACAGCUACUACAAGAGGGAGCAGAGCCUCUAACGACGGGGAUCCCACAGCUGGACGAUGCGCUUGGUGCUGGCCUGGAUCCCCGGUCUAUCUACGAGGUCUUUGGCCCCCCUGGUAUCGGUAAGACACUCUUCGGCCUACAAGUCAUCCGCUGUAACCGCGGGAAGCGUGUCCUGGUCGUCGAUACGCACAAGCGCACGCCGCUCGACAGGUUGCUGCCCACAGAACCUAGCGCGGAUGACAUAGAGCCGCAUGUUGUCCGGCUCACCAAGUUUGCGCAGCUGGUGUAUUUCUUCCAGGAGCUGCGCACCGCUUACGACCUCAUCAUCAUCGAGGGCCUCUCGCAGGUCCUUAUCGACUACCUGCACGGCCGCAUGCGCCACCCCAUGCCGAGUGAUACCACGCUGCACGGCGUCAAGACGCGCCAACUGAUAGCGCUGCUCAGCCUGCUCACCCGCUACGUCACACAGCACCAUAGCUGCGUACUGCUGCUCAACGAUGCAAUGAACACGGCCUACCAAGACUACUCAGAUCACCCGCUGGUCGCCGUGGACGUCGACCGCGGCCCCUUCCUUGUCCGCGCAGAGCGCCGACGCCAUGUACAAACGCUCAAGAGCGCCCUCGUCGCCAACGCUAGCGUGGGCGGCAAGGAUGCAAAGUGGGAGGUUUUCGUCCGCUGCCGGAUUGGCCUUUUCUGGGACUGGGACCGUCCCGCGCCCGGAGUCCCGGCGGACCGCCGCGUCCCGCCCAAGAUCCGCAUCGCAGUAGUGCUCCCGCUCGCCGCCAGUGCCGCUGCCCACUCCGUCGUCAAGCUAAAAAUAGACUCAUCAGGCGCUCUUGCCGCCCUUCAGUCGCAGGUAGCCGCCAGCGCCGCACAACCGCUCGAACCGGACCCCACAGAAUCGCGUGCAUCCACACCAGCAGUCCAAUUUCCACCCUCUUCAUUAAGCGCUAUAGCUGGUACGCCUACGCCAACGCCGCCGCCGCUUGCUGCGCGCAGCGAGACGCUGACUGAUGCAUGGCUGCCUAACUUAGCAGCUGGUGAGUCCGCCACCGGACUUGUUACACCUACGUUCGAGCAAGACAUGCAACCCGCACCUAGAAGAUGCGCUAGCGAGGGACCAGCACACAGGGAAUUAAUCUCAUCCGGUCCUUUUGUUGCCAGCCAUUCUCAACCGACUCGGCCUCCAUCUAUGCUCGAGAAAUCUAGGCACCCGAAGAAACCUAAAGUAGCAGAACACGCACUGCGGUCUACAAUGGCUUACGAGAUGAAUCAAAGGUCCGAAGCAGAGCAGAACAAUUGUUGCGGGGCUAAUCAUAAUGUGGACCAGCAAGACCGUACCAGCGGAUCCCCACGUGAACGGUUUAGUUUGUCACCAGCCAUCAUAGGGGAGAGACCUGCGACGCCAGAUUGCGAGGAGGGCAUCGUGCUGACAAGUGUGAGCUGCAGCGCGCGCCGCGAAUCCGUCGUGGACGAUAGCGAGGGAUGA